UAACCAGCGACAAGUGCAACAAUCAACAACAAACGAAAAAGCCGACAGCGACGCCAUAUUCGUGGAUAAUCCGAGCGAAAUACAUCUAUCGAUGUGAUUUAUUUAAAUGCUUUGAUUACAUUUUCUCUCAAGAGGAGGGUGGUUUGUUGUACUUGUGGAAGAAUUUAAGUUGACAAGAUGAGCUAUCAGAUGCAAUCUCCAGCACCUCCUGUGUCAAGACCAAUGUCACACGGAAAUUACAACAACCCUCCUGAUAUGCCAUUGCAAAAUCCUAAGGAGCAGACUUUGAUGUGGCAGCAGAAUUCUUACAUGGGAGAUUCUGGGAUUCAUUCUGGAGCUACUACUCAUGGACCACCAUCCCUCUGUGGGAAAGAGGAUGAUUUGGAUAAUGAUCAGAUGGUAUUUGACUGGGAUCAACCUGGGUUUGGACAAGGCUUUACCCAAGAGCAAGUGGAUGAAAUGAAUCAACAGUUGAACCAGACACGUUCUCAGCGAGUGAGAGCAGCUAUGUUUCCUGAAACAUUGGAAGAAGGUAUUGAAAUACCUAGUACUCAGUUUGAUCCAACCCAGCCUACAGCAGUGCAGCGUCUCGCUGAACCUUCCCAGAUGCUGAAACAUGCAGUUGUGAAUUUGAUCAAUUAUCAGGAUGAUGCAGACUUGGCGACUAGAGCUAUUCCGGAAUUGGUAAAGCUGUUGAAUGAUGAAGACCAAGUUGUCGUGAGCCAGGCGGCAAUGAUGGUUCACCAGUUGUCGAAAAAAGAGGCAUCACGUCAUGCAAUAAUGAACUCCCCCCAAAUGGUAGCUGCAUUAGUGCGUGCAAUGACGUCUUCGAAUGAUCUGGAAACCACCAAAUGUGCGGCUGGUGUAUUGCACAACUUAUCUCAUCAUCGACAAGGCCUUCUGGCCAUUUUCAAGUCCAGUGGAAUACCUGCUUUAGUCAAGCUGUUGAGUUCUCCAGUUGAAUCAGUGUUGUUUUAUGCAAUCACAACUCUCCACAAUCUUCUGUUGCAUCAAGAAGGGUCAAAAAUGGCUGUACGCUUGGCUGGCGGUCUUCAAAAAAUGGUCACAUUACUUCAACGUAACAAUGUGAAAUUCCUUGCUAUUGUCACCGACUGCUUACAAAUUUUGGCAUAUGGAAAUCAAGAAAGCAAACUCAUCAUUUUGGCUAGCGGUGGUCCGGCAGAAUUGGUUCGCAUCAUGAGAUCUUACACCUAUGAAAAAUUGUUAUGGACUACUUCAAGGGUUUUAAAAGUUCUCUCUGUUUGUUCAAGUAACAAACCUGCCAUAGUUGACGCUGGUGGAAUGCAAGCUCUGGCAAUGCAUUUAGGUCAUCAGAGUCAACGUUUGGUUCUCAAUUGUUUGUGGACGUUGAGGAAUCUUUCUGAUGCUGCAACAAAACAAGAUAAUGUUGAAGGCUUAUUGCAAGGACUUGUGCAACUUUUAGGAAGUAGUGACAUUAACGUAGUUACUUGUGCUGCUGGAAUUCUGUCAAAUUUGACUUGCAAUAAUCAUCGUAAUAAAGUUACUGUGUGCCAAGUAGGAGGAAUUGAAGCAUUGGUGAGAGCCAUUAUUCAAGCUGGGGAUAGAGAAGAAAUCACUGAGCCUGCUGUUUGUGCUCUUCGCCAUUUGACCAGUCGUCACCCAGAAGCAGAAAUGGCUCAGAAUGCAGUGAGGUUACAUUAUGGAUUGCAAGUGAUUGUGAAGCUUUUGCAUCCUCCUAGUAGAUGGCCAUUAAUCAAGGCGGUCAUUGGUUUAAUAAGAAACCUUGCAUUAUGUACUGCAAAUCAUGCACCAUUGCGAGAGCACGGAGCUAUACCGAGACUUGUGCAGUUGCUGAUAAAAGCCUAUCAGGAUACUCAAAGACAACGUUCCAGUGUAGCAUCCAACAAUAGCCAAAUUGCUUAUGUGGAUGGUGUAAGAAUGGAAGAAAUUGUUGAGGGAACCGUGGGAGCCCUUCACAUUCUUGCUCGUGAAGCACACAACAGAGCAAUCAUCAGGGGCUUGAGUGUGAUUCCCGUGUUUGUGCAGCUUUUGUAUAGUGAAAUUGAAAACAUUCAAAGAGUUGCUGCAGGUGUUCUUUGUGAACUUGCUGCUGAUAAAGAAGGUGCAGAGAUUAUUGAAGCGGAAGGAGCAACACCACCUCUUACAGAUCUUCUCCAUUCUAGAAAUGAGGGUGUUGCUACUUAUGCAGCAGCUGUCCUAUUCCGCAUGUCCGAGGAUAAGCCUCAAGAUUACAAGAAGAGAUUGUCUGUUGAACUUACCAAUUCCCUUUUCCGGGAUGAUGCAGGACCCUGGACUGGAAUGCCGGCUGAUAUGGACAUUAACAUGCUAGCCACUGAAGAAGCUUAUCAUGACCAAAUCUACCAAGGUAGUCAGGGGCCUCCUAGCGUUCAUUCAGCUGGACCAAGACACAAUCCAUAUACUCCUCAAGGCUUUGAAUUGCAGGUCCCUAUUGAUUCCAUGCAAGGACUAGAUCUUGGGGGUCAAAUUGGACCAGGUGGCUAUGGUCCCCUCGAUGCAGACAUGGACUUGGAUGGCCCUCCCGACAUAAAUUUUGACACCUUAGAACCCAUGUUGCCAAUGCCCUCUCCUCACCAAGAUGGAAACAACCCAUCACAGCAAAUGGCCGCCUGGUAUGACACCGACCUCUGAAUGAAUGCAAGAACUGGCUAAAAGAAUUCAGAGAUGCAAUACUUAGCUUGCAAGUUUUAGUGCUUUUAUUAUUUACUUUAGAAAUCAUGAGAGAAUAGAGUUUCCCCCCUUUUUUAAGCAUUAUUAUAUAGUUUAUGUCGCAAUACGGUUUAUUAAGUUUGCUUGAAUGGCCUUUCAUCUUCUGUUUCUUCUGAUAAGAAAGAUUGAAGAUGAAUCAACUUGAACUUUUAAAAACAUUUUAUUGUUCUAGCACAAUAAAAUAUUUUUCUCACUUCCUUGUAUUAAACCGAAUUUUUAUCCACUUACUAACAUUGUCAAAAAUGUAAUCAAGUUUCAAUUAAAAGAUUUUAUUUAAUGACAGCAAUGAAAAUAUUCAUGUAUUGAAAGAAAAAAAAAGUUGUUGCUUAUGAGAAUUCUUUAAAAACAUCUUAUCUUGUCUUCCUCAUUCAUUUUACUCCUUUUACAUGUGUACCUUUUAACAAUUCUAGGUGCUCAUUUUGCAUUUGGUGUAUUUUAUUCCUGAAACCCAUGUUUUUAAAAUUAUGCUUCAAUUCCAUUAUUGCCAAUAAUCAUUGAUUUUGUACAUAAAUCUAUUUUGACCUGCAAACCUUAUUCAAAGUUUCAGGCAUUUAUUUAAUUCAAAGUUCUUGAUGUGGUGAACUGUGUAUUAGUAGUGAUUUUUUUUUUUAGCUCUUGUGGUUGUACUUUUUUUGACAAGAAAAGUUAAUCAUAAGUUGAAUGUGCAGCUGUUUUUAUCGUCAAAUACACUGUAUGUUUAGAAUUUUAUGUAUGUAAAAAUGUAAUAAAAUGAUUUGUAGAAA